AUGCAUUUUCAUAGCUCCUCACAGUUGUCUAUUGCUAGUCAUUCAUUGAAACCCAUCCGAGCCCAUAAGACCUUCAUACGCCAAGCCACAUCUAGCGCGGAGUCUCGCAAAGAAGGCGAUAUCUCAUCUGUUUUCGUGUCCUUGUCAGGAAAGGAGGAAGCACCUCUGCCUCCAAGGUUCGCAGAUCAAAAGAGAAGACUAAUUACCGGCCGAGAAGAACAAAUUGAACGAAGCUGGCACCGUCUUCUGCACACACUGAAGGAUGAAGUUCGCUUGAUUGAACAGCGCGGCUCUGAUAUUAUUCCCUCCAUUGAUUUCAAGGAUGUUCAUACCGCACCAAAGACGUUUCGAGACGAGCUUCGAAAACGAGGGGUUGGCGUCAUCCGGGGCGUGGUUCCUGAGCAUGAAGCCAGAGCUUAUAAGGAAGAAAUCGAAAACUAUGUCAAGGCUAAUCCAGGCACAAAAGCAUUCCCGCCACAUGACCCGCAAGUUUAUGAGCUGUACUGGUCACAACCCCAGAUGCGCGCACGUACACAUCCAAAUAUGCUAGAAACACAACGUUUCCUUAUGAGCUUCUGGCACUCCAAUUCACCAGACGCAAUGAUAUCCCCUACCCACCCUCUCAGCUACGCAGACAGACUUCGAAUACGCCAGCCAGGAGAUGCCGGAUUUGCGCUAGGCCCUCAUGUAGAUGGAGGAGGCCCUGAACGGUGGGAGGAUAAUGGCUACGGUUGCGGCAAUGUCUACCAGAGGAUUUGGCAGGGAGAAUGGAAAAAAUACGAUCCCUGGGAAGCCAGUUGCCGAGUUCUUGCAGAAGCAGACCUGUACAACGGCGCUGGGGCGUGUUCAAUGUUUCGCAUGUUUCAAGCAUGGCUGGGCAUGUCUCACACCGGGCCUAAUGAGGGAACGUUGCUGGUUAAUCCUCUGCUCUCCUUGGCUACGGCUUACUUAUUACUGCGACCAUUUUUCGAGCCAAUUUAUACCCCUCCGACGGACUGCUCUCGCAUGGCGACGGAGACCUUCCUGCAUCCAAGUAAUUGGCGCUUGGAGAGAGAGACAUCAAGUAACCUGCAGGGUACAACCCCGCGAUUCUCGCAGGAACUCAGUACGACGCUUCACCCUCAUUUGGAACUUGACAAAACGAUGGUCCAUGUUCCUAGAAUUGCCCCGGCCAUCCAUGCUGUUGACCGGGUACAUAACGGCAUCGGCGAUUCAAGCGUUAUGUACAUCCCAGCAUGUCCAGUCACUGAGGCCAACGCCAACUAUGUCAAACGCCAGAGGAAUGACUUUCUCGAGGGUCAUGUUGGACGCGCCACGGAGGCUGGCCUGCGCAAGUCCACGAGCCAGCUUGGCUUGCGUGCCUUGGGGCUUAACAAGUGGGAUCUGAACGAUCCAUCUCUGACUCAAGGACAACGACUUGUCUUGGAAAAAUCAAACAAGAUCCUGGGAUUCUAA